AUGAAUUGUGAGCAGCCUGGAGUGGUAGCCGUUGAGGCCGCGACAGGGCGCUUUUGGGCUUUAUUCUCACCGUUUGAAUGCAUUAGGGUAGAGAUAUUUUCUAAUCUUCUGGAGACUCGUUUGACCUACAUCAUGGCACUCGACCAGGGCACUUCAAGCAGCCGGGCAAUCAUCUACGAAAAUGAUGCACAAGGCGCUACCCGGGUUGUCGCACAGGCGCAGCAUGACUUUGAUAUGCACUUCCCGGCGGAUGGCUGGGUGGAGCAGGAUCCGGAGCUGCUCUGGCAGACUACGCUUGCCGCGGGUCGUGAUGCGAUAGAAGCAAGCGGACUUGCGGCAGCGGACAUCGCCUGCAUUGGCAUCACCAACCAGCGAGAGACCAGUCUGUUAUGGGACCGUCAGACCGGAGAUUGCGUCUAUAACGCGAUAGUCUGGCAGGAUCGGCGCACCGCAGACCAGUGUGAACAUAUGCUGCGGGAUACGCUGGCAGGAGAACCACUUGAGGAGGCUCUGGUCGCGCGCACAGGCCUGGUCAUCGACCCUUACUUUUCGUCCACCAAACUGGCCUGGCUGCUGCACAAUGUGGAACAGGCGCGACAUCGAGCGGAACAGGGUGAGCUGUGUUUUGGCACCGUCGACAGUUUUCUCAUCUGGCGGCUGACCAAUGGGGGUGCCCAUGUUACCGAUGCCACAAAUGCCAGCCGCACACAGCUGUUCGAUAUUCAUCAUCAGGUCUGGUGCGCGGACCUGCUUGACUACUUUGAGAUUCCAUCCUCUGUACUGCCUCAGGUGUGCGACAGCGCUGGUUUUUUUGGCCUCGCGGAUGAGCAGUGGUUUGGUGCAGAGAUACCGAUCACAGGCGUGGCUGGCGACCAGCAGGCAGCAUUGGUAGGGCAGGGUUGUUUUACCGAGGGUAUGACCAAAAGCACCUACGGCACCGGCUGUUUCCUGAUGACUAAUACGGGCAACAAAGCCCUGCGCUCGGAAGAGAAAUUGCUGACAACGGUGGCUUACCGAAUCGGCGGUGAAACAACUUAUGCGCUGGAAGGCAGCAUUUUUGUAGCCGGCGUGGCAAUUAAGUGGCUGCGUGACAAACUCAAGCUGAUCGACACACCGCAAGACACCCAGGCUGCUUUCGAACGCACCGGUGGUGAUACCCAGGGUGUCUAUGUUGUGCCCGCCUUCACCGGUCUCGGCGCUCCCUACUGGCAACCCAAUGCGCGCGGCCUGAUCACGGGCCUGUCCCUGGAUUCAGAUCGUGACCAUGUGCUGACAGCCUUCCUGCAAAGCGUUGUUUUCCUCAGCCAGGCGCUGCUGUCAGCUAUGGGGAAUGAUGGCGCGUCAGUGCAACGCUUGCGGGUAGACGGCGGGAUGGUAGUCAACGAUGCCUUAUGCCAGUUUCUCGCCGAUAUUCUGAACGUGCCGGUGGAUCGACCGGCUGAUGCGGAAACCACCGCCCUGGGCGCAGCCUUGCUGGCAGGUUUAGGCCAUGGGCUUUAUGCAGAUCUUGAUGCGGCGGCUAAUGCCUGGCACGGGGAGCAUGAAUUCCUGCCGAGAAUGGAUGAGGUGCGGCGCCAGCAACUGCUAACCGGCUACCGUCGCGCACUGGCUCAGGCAUUGACCCAGGUCAUUACAGUUCCAUACGGGAGUCCCACAGCGUUUAACUACAAUGGCGCUGUGGAAAUUAACGCUCAAACCUACCCGCGUCUGGUGCGACCUGCCCUGGUCAUCGCUGGACUGACGGCUUUUGUAUCGCUGACCUGGUCAUUGCUUCAGGCUGGCGUACUGCAUAUGGACCCGGUCCUCUACUGGCUGUGGGUGCCUCUCUGGCUGUGUGGAUUUGUGGCUCUGGUAUUGCGGCCCGUGCGCCUUGGGUUCCUCGAUGACGAUAUUGUGAUUAUGUGUCGAAUGAUCUGGUGCAAUGUCGGUGCUGUCAGCCUGGCAAUUCUGGUGCCGAGCAUGUUGCGUUUACUGUUACUGGCCGUGCCGCUUUACAGUGUUCUGUAUGCAGCCAUUCACCUGGCGCGCAGCCAGGUCAUGCUGGUCUCUAUGGUCACCGCCGGUGUUUAUAUCCUGGGUGUGUCUUACCUGACCGCUUCAGGUGCGGUUGAUCUGAAUUUUGAAUUGCUUACCGGCCUGGCAUUUGCCGCUCUGCUGGCUGGCGUUUUGUUAAUUGGUGCAGAGUUCCAGGGUAUGCGCGAUGGUCUCCUUGAGCGUAAUCGCGGUCUACGUGAUGCCAUGGAGCGGUUACAGGACAUGGCGCUGAAAGAUGAUCUCACCGGCCUGCACAAUCGUCGCUCGGUGAUGGAGUUGCUGGGGCGCCAGAAAGCGCUUGCGGAUCGUGGCGGGCAGACGUUCACUUUGUGUUAUUGCGAUCUGGAUCACUUCAAGCUGGUGAACGACCGCUAUGGACACGCGGUGGGUGAUGUAGCGCUCAAACAGUUUGCCGAACUGGCCAGCGCGGUUGUGCGCAAUGUCGAUUACGUGGCGCGGUUUGGUGGAGAGGAAUAUUUGUUGGUGUUGGUCGAUGCGGAUGUUGAAACAGCGCAACAGGUAGCGGAUCGACUUGCCGAGCACACACGCCAGAUGUGGAUUCCCGGCACGGACAACACAUUCAAGAUGACAGUCUCUGUCGGUAUUGCCAGCUAUCAGGUUGUGCAAGCCAACGAAAAAAUUCUGUUGGAGGUUCUGAGAUUGAUCUGCGAUACGCUGGGAUUGUUGCAGUUGAGCGGGUCAAAUUACCGAGUGCGGCGCCUGCCGGCGCCGUUACAGGCGGUUUUACCGGGCUGGCGCUGUCGCAGCGCAACUCUCCCGGUCGACAGCUCGCUGGUGGUGUUGGUGGCGCUUUCUUGGGCGGUCUGUGCCGCCUCAUCCAGCCUUCGCGAGCCUAUCGAUUUUCAUCAGAAUGGCGCCGCAGAGUGCCAGGAAGCAAAGCGAGAGCUGUUGCUGGCUCAAGGUCAGGAUGCGGUAAACAAUGCGGCCACCAGAGUCGAAAUUUUGUCGCAGCGGGGUGGCCGAAACGUGCGCAAAAUCACGCCGGGAACGCCAAUUGUCCCUGCACCUGCGGGCUUCGCAGCCGCUUCCGUGUUUCGCUCAAGUCGCUCCUGGCUCUGUUCCAUACGUGACUUCUGUGAAGAAGGCAUGUUGUUGACCGGUGGUGCGGGUUCUCGUUCUCUGGAUUCCACUGGUGCAGAUAUUGCCGCCGGUGACAGCGUUGCACUGCAUUUUUCGGUGGCAACCCCGGUAGGCCAGGAGCACUUCCGUACCCAGGCAAAAGUUGCUCGGGUAUUGCAGGGUGGCAACGGUCUGGGCGUUUGUUUCGAAAGUGGCCUGGGCAGCCGCGCGUAUAAAAACCUGGUCGACUUUGCAGUAGCUGCCGGUACGGCAGCGCCGGAAAUUGAUGAAGCCAGUGUAGAUGAUCUGCCUGACGUGGCCCAGCCGGGGCAGUCGGCCCCAGGUGCUUCAGCAAAGACCGAAGGCGCUCGACGCGGCCCGACCGCGCAACAGCCGGCAGGAUCGAGUGCGCCCGGAACGAAAGGAAAAAAAGAUGAAGCGUUGCGCGACCCGCGCCUGCCCGAAGCUGCUGCGUCAAAACUAACUCUGCGUGUGCAAGCGGUUACCAAGCGGGCUUCUUCGCGUCUUGCGGCAGGGUUCUGUAAAUCACUUGCUCAAGAUCUGCUGGUCAAAGCCCGGGAUGCCGGUACCAAUGCGGUGCAGACACGUUAUUUUGAAGCCCUCGAUGCGGUAGAAAAGUUCCAGGAAGUUUUUGUUGGAAAAUUUGUCGGUGGCAUGCUUGCGCAGCUUGAUCAGGUGUCCGAUCUCGAAGCGGUGUUGGAACGCCGUCGCAAACGUGACACAGGCAAUCAGAAGCCCGGCAAGCUUGAGCUGGUCGACACUCAGCAGUUCGAACAAUGGCUGCUGGUGGCUGAAGAAAUUUCCAAAACUGAAAAUCGUUUCAAAGAUGCGCUCCUCGACAUGCGCGCUCAGUUCGGCCUCAUUGCCAAACCCUGGAGCCACAAAGACGUCAUACCGGUGGGCCCCGCGGCGUUCUGGUGGUCGUUUGAUGAUGCCCAGGCAGAGUUCGGUUUUCGUGAUGAUCUGCGCAAAGAAAUCUAUGGGCUCUACGAAGCAGAGCUGCAUAAAAACCUAAGCAACUUAUACGAAGCGUUGGGUAAGUUGUUCUCGGACAGUGGCCAAAUGCCUGCGUUGGAAGAAUUACGCGAAGCGCUGCAGCCAAAGUACACGGUGCGUAACCGCGCCGGAGUCAAUGUCACACCCCAGGAUUAUCAGGACAUGGAUCAGACCAUGCGCGAGGUCGCUAUGGCCGCGGAUGGGGUUGGCGCUGGCAGGGUAGAUGAAAAUCCCUUUGUACAAACCGGUGGUGCGGGCAGUCCAGCUUAUAAUACAGCACGAACCAUUCUGAAUCUGAAGCGCCGCACCGAAGAACUGUUGGGGCGCCCGCGAGAGCCAUCCCUGGCGCGCCCUGAUGCUCGCGCAGACGAAACCUAUAACCCGGAUGACAUUAUUGAGGCGCUGGGUGUCAUUCAAUCCGAACUUGGCGAUGCGCCGCUGUCUGAUACGCGCUUAAAACCCCGAUUAAUGGAAGUGCUGCAGCAUCAGCACGGCGAUCAGAAAGGUUUGUCUGAAGACAUUUUUGACACCUUGCAGGUCAUGGAGGGUUUGGUUGGAUCGUUGACAGACGACAAGCUCAUCACGGAUGGCGUGCGUGAGUGGGUGCAGCGCCUGGAAGUCACUUUAAAUAAACUGGCUGCACGCGACCCCGGCUUUCUGGCCAGCGACCCUGCCAACCCCCACAGUGCGGUGCAGAUGCUGAACCAGCUUGCUCGUCUGGGUAACAGUAACGACGUCAGCCAGGGUAUCGAACGUGAAGUUGGCCGCCAGGUAGACGAGGUGCUGCAACGGGUUGUCAAAGACUACGACUCGAACCCACAGAUAUUUUCCGACGCGGUGGAUGAACUCCAUCCACUCAUUGAUCGGCAGUCGCGCACUUACCGAGGUAAUGUCGAGCGCACCGUUCGUGCCAGCGAAGGUCAGCAGAAACUCGCACGGGCUCGCCGCGCGGUUUUGAAAGAAGUGGAGCAGCGCAUUGGUGGUAAAAAUGUCCCCGAGCUGAUUCUGGAACUGCUGAACCCCGGUUGGCGAAACCUGAUGGUGCAUACCCAUCUACGGCACGGCCCCGACAGCAAUGAAUGGCGUGAUCAGUUGUCGAUGGUUGAUCAGCUGAUGGGUCAGUUGAACGGCAGCAUUAAAGAGGAUGACGCUGAGUUCAUCGAGCCUGACAGGUUGUUGCGCCGGGUAGUUGAAGGCUUGAACAGCAUCAGUUUUGAUCCGAGUAAACGCACGCCUCUGAUCAUGCACAUGUCCAGUGCGCUGGUGGGUGAUACCACAGGGAAAAAGGCGCCGGUCAAAAACGUAGCCGUGAAGGCGCAAGAGGUUGAGCAGGCCCUGGGUCUGGAUGGCCUGUUACCCGAAGUUGAUCCACAGAUUGAAUCCAGCGACGAAGGUGUACGUGACAGCUGGAGUCACGCUGUUGAGAGGGCUCGACGUAUCCAGAUUGGCGAGUGGCUGGCCGCCUCUGAUCGAGAUGGCCGACCUUUGAUUCUGUCAGUGGCCUUUGUUGGUGAUGAUGCAGCAUCGUUUGUGCUGGUCAAUCGCAAAGGUGUGAAAACGCUUGAGCGCAAUCUCAAAGAAAUGGCGGAUGACCUGCAUCAGGGGCGCAUCACGCUGCUUGACGAUUAUGAUCUGCCGCUGAUGGAGCGGGCUUCCCAGCGCAUGCUGGAAAACAUGCAUAAUCAGCUGGCUUUCCAGGCCAGCCAUGAUGAUCUGACCCAGCUCAUGAAUCGCAAAGAGUUUGAGCGGGUGAUAGAUGCCAGCCUGGCCCAGGCAAAAGCUAAAGGUAACCAGCAUGCGUUGCUGUAUCUGGAUCUGGAUCAGUUCAAAAUUGUCAACAACACCAGUGGCCACAAAGCCGGUGAUGAACUGCUGCGUACCAUUGGUGAGGCUUUGUCUACCGAACACGGCAAAGAUGAUCAGCGCAUUGCGCGUCUCGGCGGUGAUGAAUUCGGUCUUCUGUUAGAAAACGUUGAGAGCAUUGGUGCCCGUGAAGUGGCUGAGUCUGUGCUCGAGACGAUUCGCAAUGUUGCGUUUGAAUGGGAAGGUCGUAGUUACAACCUGACCGCCAGUAUGGGUCUGGUAUUUCUUGAUCAAAGCACCGACAGUGUUGAUUCCAUCAUGCAGCAUGCUGAUGAAGCCUGUUUCUCUGCGAAGGAUGCCGGGCGUAACCGCGUGCAGGAAUACGAGCUUGGCGACAAGCAGAUGAUGAAACGUCAUGGUGCGAUGGAGUGGGUGACGCAGUUGGAUGCGGCAUUGGAAGACGAUCGUCUUAUUCUCAACUGUCAGCAAAUCCAGCCAAUUAAUGGCUCUACCGACGUUAACGAUGUUCACUACGAAAUUCUGCUGACGAUGUUGGAUGAGCUGGGUGACGUGGUCGCGCCUACCGAGCUGAUUAAUGCGGCAGAAACCUACAAUAGAAUGACAACCAUCGAUCGCUGGGUGAUACGUAAUGUAUUGCAGUGGAUGUCUGACAACCGCAGUGUGCUGGAUGAUUUUGGCGGUUUUGCCAUCAACGUGUCUGGCCACUCUGUCAAUGAUUCAACGUUCCCGGACUUUGUUCUGGAGCAGUUCGGUAAAACCCAGGCGCCAACCGCGAAAGUUUGUUUUGAGAUUACUGAAACGGCCGCGAUCGCAAACCUCGAUAAUGCGGUGGAUUUCAUGAAUCGCAUGCGCAUUAUCGGCUGUCGUUUCUCGUUAGAUGAUUUCGGCACCGGACUGUCGUCGUACAGCUAUCUGCGCAACCUGCCGGUUGAUUACGUUAAGAUCGACGGCGUCUUUGUGAAAGAUAUUGCAGAAAACCCCGCUGACUAUGCUGUUGUGCGUUCAAUCAAUGAGAUUGGCCACUACAUGGGUAAGCGUACGGUGGCUGAGUAUGUCGAAAAUACACAAAUCCUCGACAGCCUCAAAGAAAUCGGUGUGGACUUCGCCCAGGGUUAUGAGAUCAGCAAACCCCGCCUGUUAAGUGAUCUGCGCGUAACCGCCUAG